UAAAAGCUAACGUCAGACACAAUCGCUUAGCCAUUACGUUCUGGUAGCAUCUCCCAGCAAGACGCAACGAGACUAGUCCAAUUAAAAUGAAAACUACAACAAGUGCGCUUCGCAUGGCACUGCUGCUGUUGGUGGCAUUCGUCCUAAUUGCCAAAAUUGAAAGCACCCCUGCAUACCGCCAAGACAUAAUUUCCGAAAACAAUUUAAAGCAGCUCAGUAAGGAUGAUCUUAUACGGCUUCUUCAAUCGGACGCCAAAUGGUCUUCGUCCAGUAACAGCCACGACGAUAGUUCGGAAGAAUUGAAGUACAAGCCAGUACCGUAUGUUCCCACCAACACGGGCAAUUCAUUGAUCAACACGGGUAACCAAAUACCACAAGUAAAUUAUUGAGGCAGUUUCAAACUUCAAAACGUUAUAAAUGUUUUCAAGACGUAAAACGUGUGAAACAUUCGAACAAAUGACUAUUAUAAUAAUUAACUAUAACAAUUUGAAAUACAUGUUUAUGUGUUAUAUAAAGUUA